CAAACAACUUGGCAUACUCCAUACAACUACCGUGCUGCCCUAGUGCUCCAAGUUAACAGCUCUUCGACUCGGGCACGGACUAGGGUCACUGACAAUCGAUACCACCAAACCCUUUUCUCAACUAGAAUGAGCGCGAGGAGAUGACGCGUAUGCAGGCUAAUGACGAGGGCGCUCGCCUGCGCCCUCUGCCCAUAGCUUACCCGCGCGAGUUUGUGCAGCAAGUGUGCACUGCUGUGUCCAAGGCCUGGUCGACGGGCAGGAAUACAAUCAAGCGGGAUGUCGCGCUCACGCUCCUCACGGACCCAGACCUGCGGCUGCGCGUCUGUCAUCUUGAAGAGCUUUUGAAGGCCCGCCAUGUGCAAGGCCAGGCCAACGGGCAGACCGCGCAGGCCCACGGCACCUCGCCGAAUGGCCCCCCGGCCGCCGGUGCGGUUGCAUGCGGCGGCUGCGGCAAGGAGAUGGCACCGCCGGUGCAGCUGCAGAGCGCCCUAGCGGAGCCGGGAUGCGCAGCACUGUUCGAGUUGGACCCCAGCAUCACAGAGCCGGACUGGGGUAUGCAGGUUGUGUGGCUGAACAUGGCCGCGCUGCUGCGGGAACUAGGUCUGCCGCAGCCGCCGCCACAGCCCGCGCCGCCCGCCGGCGGCGUCGCCACGCAGCCCGCCACGCCGCACUUCCACGCGCCGCAGCCCGGCACUGGCCCGUCGCCUGCGCCUACUGCGCCGCCCCUGGGCGCCGAGGGCGGCAUGAGCGCGGCCGAGCUGUCCGCCGUCCUGUCCGCUGUCGAGGCCGCCUUUCCCACCCACCCGUCCGACGACGACGAGUACCUCACCGUGGCCGCCUGCUACUGCCUGGCCACCCGCCGCGACCCGCGCGCGCUACUGCCGCCCCACAGCCUGCACCUGGCUGACCUGGCCGCGCACCUGCGCGGCUGUGCCGUCGCUGACGGCCGGCUGGCGGCGCUGCUGCAGCGCUUCGCCGCCGCGGCCACCUCCGGCGCCGCCGCUGCCGUGGGCCUGGCGGCUCGUCUGGGCGAGCUGCUGGCGGCGCCCCGCGCGCGGCUGAUCUUCCGCCAGAGCGAGUCGCUUUCGCGCAAGGGCGAGCGCGUCGUGAGCCUGGCGCUGGACCAGCUGCUGCGGGCCGCGCAGGCGCCCAAUGGCAAUAUCAGCAGCAACAACAGCGGCGGCACAAAGCUGCCGGUGGACGCUUGGCAGCGCAGCGCGACGCUGGGCGCGGCGGCGGCCGCCGCCGCUGCUGCCGCGUCGGGCCCCCUGGGCCCGUACGGUGCCGGCAACAGCGACAGCCUGCCCUCCUUCCUGUUUGAGUACGAGUCCGGUAGCGGCGCCGCCGCCGACGGCCGCCAGGCGCCGGCCGGCCCCGGGGACGCUGGUUCUGCUGGCCCGGUGGUGAGCCGCAGUGCCUCCAGCGGCGGCGCGCCCAGCCUGCCCACGCCGCAACAGUCCGUGCAGCUGCAGCACUCCUGGUCGGACAACAACCGCGGCGGCGGCGCAGCCAACCUGCACUCCGCCGGCUCCAUGCCCGUCCCGCUUCCCGCCGGUGGCAACGCCAACGGUGCCAACAGCAACGGCACCGGCAGCGCUUCCAUUGCACAGGCCGCCGCGGCGGCGCUAGCGCGCCGCAACACGGAGCCCCACAGCGAUGCGCUGUCAUCUAUCACGGCGGGCAGCGGCGCCGGCCUGGGCUUCGGCUCCAGCUGGUCGGGCGGCGGCGUGGGCGGCGGCGCCGAGGGCGUCUCGCCUAGCAGCAGCUUCAACGGGGGCGGCCCCAGGUUCCCGCAGCUGUUCAACCGCAGCAGCAGCGGCUACACCUCCGCCAACAACAACGGCGGCACCGCCAACAACAACGAGGCCCUCUUCCAGCAGGCGCUCGCCGUGGCGGCGGCAGGCGGCAACGCCGCGGCGGCGGUCAUGGCCUCCCAGCUGGCGGCCGCGGCGCGCGACGGCAUGGCGGCCUCUCCCGGCGGCCCGGCAAGCGACCUGAUGGUUCCGCCCGAGAUCGCCGACGUGUGGUCCAAUUCGGCGGCGAAUGCCACCGGUGCCGGAGACAUGGCGCGGCGGCCGUCGCUGACGGCGGCUGGGCUGGACGGCGCCGGUGGCGGAGUGUUCGCGAUGUCGCCCACAAACGAGAGCUACUUGUGGGAGCGCAUGGCCCGCCAGCAGCAACAACAGCAGCUCGCCGCCAGCCAGCCCGCGGGCGCCGGCGGGCCCGGCAGCUCCCUGGCCUCCGCCAAUGCAGGCCUCGGCUACAGCCUCUCCGGCCUCGGCUACAGCUCCAGUCCCGCUGCCAACGGCUUUGGCGGGCCGGGGCUGAUGGUCGGCUCGGCGCCCAUGCACCACCACCAGCACCACCACCAGCACCACCAGCAACAGGGUCUGCAACAGGCCUUCAUGCCCAACGGUCUCUCCAAUGGUUUCAACAGCCUGGGCGGCCUGGUGGACUACAGCUCCUGGCACUCGUCCUCCCCCGACCUGGGCAGUUCCUUUGGCCGCCGCCCCACAGUCGCCGAGGAAAACGCCGCCGCCGCAAAUGCGUGGAUGGUAGCGCACGGCAACGCGGCGGCGGCGGCAGCGGCGGCUAACGCCGCUGCCGCCGCGCAGGGCGGCUCCAACGCCGCCAGCCGCCUCAUUGCUGCGGCGGCAGGCGCGGGCGGCGAGCCGGCACCCAGCGUGAGCGAGGAGAGCGAGGAGGUGGCGAGUGUGGGCAACGGCCCGCUGGAGCUUGACUCCAUGGCCCUGACUCUGGAGGCGAUCAUCGGCUACGAUCCCUCCAACCCGCGCGGCGCCAAUGGCGGCCACAAGGGCCUGAUUGCCGCCGCAGCCGGCGGCGACGCCAGCGCCUUCGCCUCCGCUGCCGCUGCUGUGGCCGGCGGUGGUGCGCCCGGCAACGGCGACAGCAGCCGCAACUCCAGUAUGGACAGUGCGGAUGCGCUGCACGCGCGCGACGUCACCGCGGCCGCCGCUGCCACCCUGGCUGCCGGCGGCGGCAGCGCCAGCGCCGCCAACGCGGCCGCCGCCGCCAUGCUGACCAGCUGGUCAGCGAUGGCGGCUCGCAACGCGUCACUGCCGCCGCCGUCGCCACACACGUCCGGCGCCGCCAGCAUCCAGCAGCAGCUGGCAGCAGCCAUGGCCUCACCCGCUGGCGGCGCCGGCCGCCUCGCCGUCGGCAGCGCGCCCAUGCCACACGCCGCCGGCAGCAUCAUGGCGCAAGGCCUCGCCGCCACCGUCGCCGCCAUGGGCGCCGCCGCGGCGGCCCGCCAGGGUGCCGCUGGCGGCGCCACCGUCGGCAGCCUGGGUGCGUUGGGCGCACUGCCCGGGUCGGUGCCGGGCGGCGGCGCGGGCUCCGUCACCGGCCGCGACAUCUUCGGCGGGCGCGUGCUGCACCCCAAGCUGACGCCGCGCGUGCGCGAAGAGAUCUGCAGUUUGAUCCGCACGGUGCCUGGCCUGCGCCCGGAGGACUUUGACGACGGCGUGCUGCACCAGCUGACGCUGAAGAAGAGCGAGGAGGAGGCGGUGGGCGCGCUGCGCAUGCUGGCAGCCGAGAACGUCAGCGGCAUCCAGCACAUGGCAGCCUACAUCAACCACGUGAUCAAGAACUACCACAUCACCGGCCCCGGCGGCGCCGCGGGCGGCGUGGCGGGCCUGGUGGGAGCGGGCGCGUCGCUGCCUUCGGCCACUGUCCGCGCCAACAGCACCCCGGUGUCCAGCAAGGCCAUCUUGCAGAAGCUGCCGCUGCGAGUGUACAAGCGGCUGGAGGAGGUGAUUGCCAAGUGCAGCUACAUGGAGUGGAAGCACUUUGACGCGGGCGUGGUCAAGGUGAUGGCGCAGCUGGCCGAGAUCGGCGAGGAGGACGUGUUUGAGGAGCUGGAGCUGCUGCAGAGCACCGACCUGUCCAACGUGGAGUACAUGCCCGCCUACCUCAACAAGCGCCUCAACAACAGGCUGUGGAGCCGCCGCAAGAUGCUCACCAGCGCCGCGGCAGCCAGCGGCCUCGCGGCCAGCAUGGGGCUGUGAGCAGGCAGCAGCUGCGGAGCAGAGGCGGCAUUGGAGCUCGGCAUGGGUGGGCCGGAGAGGCGGGUGGGCUGGCUGCGUUUGCACUACAGGUGGCAUACGGUAGCGGGUGUGGUGGAAGGUGGGGCCCCGGCCCCUGGCCAUGGUCGAUGGGUAGAUGCGGGCGGCAUAGGGGCGAAGGCCGCUGGCGGCACGGCAGAGCCCUGCGGCAGGCGGGCCUGGCUGGGUGCAUGGUGGCAUCAAGCGUCAUGGGGCCGACAACACGUCCAAGAACCUGCAUCUUUGGGCUCAGGUGGAGGCCGCUCUGUACUAUUACUAAACUACCAUCUAAUUCACCCUCAGGCGAAAACGGGAGAGAGUACUAGGUUGGAGCAGAGUAUAACACAUAUCGUUGUUGACAGGCGAGAAUACGGAGCAGCAAUCACGGUUUUGCUUCGCCGUGCAUUGCUUUGCGGUCCAUGAUUGAUCGACAGUUGUGAGCGCGGCGGUUGACAACAAUCGAAGUGGUUCGGCGUUUGUUAUUGAGUCGUCGCUAGGGCGCAUUGAUUUGAGGUACGGCUGGUUCCUUUGAGUUCAGGCGGCUUUGCAGUGUGUAUCGCAUCACGUUUUGCCGGGUGGGAUUCUGUUUUGGCCCCAGACUUCUGAGUGGUGGCGAGCGUAACCAUAAGCGGUUCAACGGGCGUGGGGACCUAUAUUCAGUCAACGAAGAGCGCAUCUGUCGGGAAAUGACACGGACCCAGGUCUGAUCUAAUCGCGAGGUUGGGCGCGCAGCGGUGUGCAUCCUAGGGCUAGCGCGGGCACGGCGAGUGAGCUCUAUCACCACCAUGCAGUUUCAUGGUGUUGUUUGUGCUCCCGUUUGUCACACAUCAUGUACCAGUAUGCGUGACAGCAGCGCGUGCGAGCCCCGGGCCGCGCCGCAACGUGUACAUUACGUUUGUGCACGGAGGCGAGGUUGACGCCGGAGCAUGUGAGUUGUCACCGGACGUGUGGGCACGUGGGACCCUAAAGCGUGAGAGGAGGAGGACGGCACGAGGGUGGCGGUCACGGAAGUCAUACAUUGUGCAUGCGUGUGAGCAUCCUAGCCCUUUGUGCGCGUGGCGCCUGCAGUACAUAGCGAAUGCACGCCCAGUAGAAAUGAUAUAUGAGCAGUGAGGGGCAUGAGACAGAGGUAAGCGGCCGUCGAUGAGCUUCAAGUGGGGAAGCUGGCAGGGCCUUAAAAAGCCUGUCACACGCGGUGGCAGAGGUCACGCGUAUGAAUGGCCGAAACAUAUACUUUCGCUUUGUGUAUGUGAUAUUCUUGGCGACUGGGCCCCGUGCGUGUGGAGCAAGUGGAGGGCUGAGUCGGGGACAGGUCGCCGUAUGAGAACUGUACCGGAGGCCGCCUAAAGGAUUGCACAGCGCGAUCGCAGCUGCUGGGUGUGGGAGGCGGUCUGGCGCCUUGGCUGCUGGAUUGUCUGAGGAGCCACAGCUUUUUAGAUGGUUGUGACAAUUUUUGUGUUUGUGAAAUUAUGACGGACUAAACAGCUUCUUCCAAAACAGCACGAGCUCGGGUCGGCGGCACGCCACCCGCGUGCAAGCAGUGAGGUUGGCCCCGUGAGUGCGCGGGCGCAGACGAAGGGGUCUACUCGGCAGGCGGUGCGCCGGCGGGCCCUGAGGUUUAGGGUUUUCCUUCCCAGGGCGCGCCGGUGUGAGGGGUGGCGUUUCGGUGCCCCCCGCGCCUGUGCGGCGUGCACGGGUUGUUUGGCUGUACUACUAGAGCUGCGCCGGGUAGGUAGGUAGGGUUUACACUGGAGGCGAGCAACGGACAGCGCGGCGUGGCGGAGUGUGUGGCAGGCGCUGCGGAUGCCCAGCAUCACCAUGUGACGCGCCGCCCCCCCGCGCGCGACGUGACGCCUGUCUGAAUCACUGAAUGUCUUGGAUGUGGCGGGCUACGAAUACACACGCAUUCGUUGAGGUAUCAUAGCGGGUGGCGGGCUCGGGAGGAAUGCUGCGGGGCUGCGGGCUCCGCUGCAGCGCUUCAGCCGCAACGUCCCUGCACCCCCCCCUGGGCCGCCCCGUGUAAUAUUACGUGUUGCAGCAUUUAUUGGAGAGGCGGGAAGUUGGCGCGGUUGUUGCGGAUGUGUUGGUCAACAGUAGGCUUGAGCUGGUCAAUGGCAUACGGGCCCGCACACGCAGCCUGUUGCUAUCGCUGCAAGGGCUAGCGCAAGCCACCCGGUUGCAAGGUUGCUGGGUUGAGCGAAUGUUGCUGAGCGCUCAUGGCACACGGAGCGCGAAUGAACUGUCCUGCAUCGCAGCGGCGCUCAGGAAGGGCCACACGAGCACUGUAACAUAAAUAAUAA